CUCUGGGAGAGCUGUCAAGAUGUCUCAGUCGAGAUGGGAGUUGAAAACCAAUGAGUCUCUGUCAAGUAUAGCCAGCAGGAUUAGCUGGGGAGAGCAGAUUGGGUCAGGGUCAACACCAGUGUCUUUCAAGGACUUGAGAGAGAGCCCUCAACCUCAAAAGGCGUCCACCCCAGGUAGAUUCCAGAAGAGCAAGGGGGGUCCUGGCUCCCUGACACCAUCGGUCACCCUUAGCCAGACGCCCGACUUGCAGCAGGAGUCUCAGCUGGUUACCAAGCUGCACCUGGCCGAGAUAGAGAAAAUGUUUGAAGAGGACAUUGACUCAACUGGAGCCCUGGACAAGAAGACUUUCAUUAAGGCCAUGAAGAAGAUUCUGCGCACUGUGUCAGAUGAGGUGCUAGAGGCGCUGUUUCUGAAGGUGGACACGGAAUGUAACGGCUUCGUCACCUGGGGUACAGGCGAAUGUAUGAUGAAUGUCAGUGACCCCUGCGUGAGUGCACAGCCAUGA